UCCCGCGCCCACCCGCCCGCUGCGGCUGCUGCCCCUGCUCGCGCCUCCCGCCCCCGGCAGCAGCCCGGAGGGCGCCCGGGCGGCCGGGAGCCGGGCGGAGUUGGAUCGCACCUCCUCGGCGAAGUGGGGAGAGGAGUCGCGCUCUGGGCUUUCCCCUCCUUCCCAAUUGCGUCUGGGCGCCAAGCCCCCGAGUGCUCGUCACGCUGGACCCUGGCGCGGAGCCCUGGCAUCACGACUCGGAGGCCGACACUCUCUCCUGGAGUCACCCAGGGGAGAUGGAGCCACCUCAGUGUGUGGAGGAGCUGGAGGAUGAUGUGUUUCAGCCAGAGGAUGAGCUGGGGACCCAGCCUGGGAGUUUGCCCUCUGCUGACCUGUUUGCCCAGAGCCAGCUGGACUGCCCCCUCAGCCGUCUGCAGCUCUUCCCUCUCACCCACUGCUGUGGCCCUGGGCUUCGACCCAUCAGCCAGGAAGACAAGGCCACCCAGACCCUCAGUCCAGCCUCCCCGAGCCAGGGUGUCAUGCUGCCUUGUGGGGUGACCGAGGAACCCCAGCGACUCUUUUAUGGCAAUGCUGGCUACCGGCUCCCUCUCCCUGCCAGUUUCCCUGCAGGCUCGCCCCUUGGUGAGCAGCCCCCGGAAGGACAGUGGCAACAUCAUCGAGCAGAGAUCCAGAUCGCCAGAAAGCUUCAGAGUAUUGCCGACCAAUUUCAUCGGCUUCAAAUGCAGCAACACCAGCAGAACCGAAAUCGCAUGUGGUGGCAGUUCCUCCUCUUCCUACAUAACCUCGCCUUGAAUGGAGAUGAGAACAGGAACGGGGCCGGUCCCAGGUGAGGCUGGGCUGCCCUCUUCGAAUGGGGCACCGCAGGAAGGACUUCGGCGAGGACUGACACUGUGUCAUGUGAAGUUGUUUUUUGUUGUUCUUACCUUAAAAUUUUAUCUCUGUGUGUAAAUAAGACAUGCCCAAGUGGGACCUUUCCCCUGUUCAGGACCUUGACCAGGAAUGGGGGCCUUUGUCAAACACUGUUGAAGUGGAGGCUGAUGAGUCUCUGAUGGUGGGUCCUCCCAAGGGCUCUGACAAGCAGAUUCUUCAGCCCGCGGUUGUUGAAGAUGGCCAGGUAGUGAUGUUCGCUGGCCAGAGGACUGUAGUUUAGCCACAGGAACUCAGUUAAACCAUACGAAGCUGGAUUACACUCCUGCUCCCACCAAACCUGUCAGCCUUCCGCCAUGGAUGGAGGUGAGAUCCGGACAGUCACACUGCUUCAACGCACCAGGGCUGUGGUCAGGGGCUUUCCAGCUGAGCAUGGCCACUUCGCUAGACCACUCAGCCUAUAUCUGGGUUCUCCUUCGGCCCAGCCGGUGCCCGCUCCAAGGGCUCAGGGAUUCUCGCCCAGCCCCUGUCAUCUCCAGCAGACCUCAGGGAGGGUUGGGUUUCUCCAAGGACCCCUCACACAUGCCUCAAAAUGAACCAAACUUCUGUGUCGGCCUCAAAUCUGACUUGGUCCCACUUGGAGGCCCCAGGAUUGAUCCUGAGGUACAGAACCACUGCCACCUCUGGCUUCCUAGAACUGGCUGCCUGUCAGCCAUGGAUGAGCCAAAUAGCCAAUCAACGUGCUGUCAUCAGCAGCUUGUGCCUUUGUGGGCUCUUCUUUCCAAAGAACCAGCAACAGACUGCAUUCCGGCCCCAGAUCAGCACUGUAGGGCAUGAAGGGGCAGCACUGCAGUGGGACUGGGAAACGCGGCCCUCCCUCCUGGAAGAGUCAGCCCUGGAGGAACCCAGACCACUUGGUUUCCUUGGAAACAACAUACCUCCUCCUCCUCAUUCCCAUUCCUUUUUCACACCUACUAUGAAAGGUAGAAGGAAGAAGCCAGCACAGUGACUUUGUCAGCGGACAUGUGUCUUUUCGAGCAAUAGACAAUGAUGAGAGUGCAGAACCGUCAGAGCUGGGUGCACGUCUCCUGUCUUCCUUCAGCUCCCAGCUAGGCCAGCAGGGCAUGCUCUGGCACUCAGCAGGAUCGCAGCUGCCUCCGAACUUCCCUUCUCGCCCUGCUGUGGCGCUAAUGGCGAGAAUUUAAAGCAGCCAGUCAGCCAGCUCUGACCAGACAGAGAAUUUGAUUAACAGAACCUGUUAACAGAUACCUAGAAAUGAAAUGAUAAUUUUUGCAUAUGUAGGAAAAGAUAACAUUGGUGCUAAACAGAGAAGCAAGGCCCAAAGAAAAGACUGCUUUCCUGGGCAGCGAAGACCCCGGGGCUACCCAAGGAAAUCGGAGAAGUCCAGAGGAGGCUCUCACAUCUGAACAAGCCAAGGCUCCUCCAAUUCUGCCAAGAGGAGGUCUCAGUACUGUUGAAGGAAGCCUUGAUCCCUGUAUGUACAGUUGGGAAGGUUCCCUGCACAAGGGCACCUGCAGAGGAAGGUGAUAGAGACUAAGGUUGAGCUCCUGCUCUGCUCACCAAGUUGUCUGCCCCAGUGCAGGGCUAAGUCUUCCCAGAAGAACUGGUGCCUUUGUAUGAAGGUGCCCUAUGGGCUCAUAGUGACCCUGAGGAGAAGGACCUCAAACUGUGCAAAUGCCUUUGUUUUGUUCUACUUAGAUGUUCUGGAGGUAUUACCUUUUCUUGGCCAGAAUUAUAUUCUCAGGGUGUGUACCAUGGUUUGUCUGCUAAGGAGAUGGGUUCUCACUUACAAGAAGGAACCCAGAGAACAGGCAUGAGGACUGGCUCUGGAACACGCUGACCGUCGUGAAGUUCAGCCUCCCCUGCGUGUCAUAUCAUUCAUGAGGUGCUGAGGGCCUGGUGUCUUCCCCUCCCCUGGACCAAGGCUAUGACAGGCAGCGGCUGGUAUAUGUGCUGGAGUGGAACACACAAGAAAACCACGAUUAUUUCUACCAACCAAUUUUUAACCUCUCUUGGCAGACUUUCUACCUGAGCUGAGUGAGAGAGCAAAUAAAUGGUCUAGACUUUGGUGCUGAGGCAAAGCCAUCCACUUCAGGGACCCUGCCAGGCCCAGGAGGGCCCGUGCUAAGAACUGAGCCCAGAGUUUGACAAGCCCAUCUGAACAUUGAGCCUGGGGCCUGGGGGAAGAUGGUCCAACCGCACUAUCUCCAUCUUCUGUGAAGCCAAGAACUAACUCACUAUGUUAAGUGAGCCAGGGCAACAUUUAAAACCUCCUUCCUUUCCCAUCCCCCCAGAAAACCAAGGAGGUAACUCCCAGAAUAGCCCUAGGAGAGAGGUUCCUCCCGGCUGGCUAUUUUCAAUUGGCCUAGUGAUCUAGGUCCCGCCCCUUCCCUCUGCCUGGUGAGUUGAUCUGAACAUUCCUCAAGUCCAGCCUCAGGAGACAUGUCCCUCCCCCUGGGCCCCUCUUCCCACCCCCACCCCCAGAGGCUUGGCUGUCUCCUGUGAGGGGGUGGAGAAUCCGAUUGAGAGGGAGGGAGAGUCUGACCUGGGUCCUGACCUGUAACCAGCUGAAGACUAGUGGAGCUUUUGUGGUUUGCUGAUGGAUGGGGGUGGGAGAGGGACUGGAAACCUCCCUCCCCGUAGCAGAAAUGCCCUGGAGGAGGGGAAGCCUGCUAUUCAGGGUCUAAACAGCCCUUCCAAUUCAGAACCCCAGAGGAGGGGUUUCUGGAAGCCUAUGGACAGAAGUGGGGAGGCAGUCCCCCCAGGCCAGACAUCUGACUGCUCCAGCCGGUUGCAAAGUCUGGGCUGCUGAAGAGCUGUCCUGUGGCCUUCCCCUGCUCAAUCCAAGGCACGAACAGAUCACCUCCCAGUGACCUCCUCAACCCCCUAGGGGAGUAGGUCUGUUUUCAGAGCUUGUGCGGCAGGCACAUUCAAAGUGCUCAGAGGGGCCCAGCUGACUUGUCUCACUGACUCCUGUGGCCAGGCCCUGUCCAAGGGUGGCUCCUGACUGGUCAUGGCAGGGAGGGGUUGAUUGGGAUGGCCCAUCUAGGUCCUCCAUCUGCCUGAAGUCU